GUGGACAAAUUCUACGAGGUCGCUCACAUCAAUGAUAAAGCCAACAUGGCGUACAAGGACGCUUGGAAUCUGAAACGCCUUUGGGGCUUCACUGCAGACGAUGUGCGACAGCUUUUUGCGCUGAUUCAGAGGCUCCGCGAGCAGCAUGGCUUCGCUGACAAAUUAGUUGCCAACCGGAGUGCUGAUGUGGAGUCGGAGUAUGAGUCUGAGGAUUGUGAUGAGGGUUCGCAAGCUGAUGGCAGCGAAGCUGAACCAGCUGGAGAAGCGCCUCUUGAUGAUAGUGGGGCUGGAUGUUCGAAGGACAAGGCUAAAGAGCCUGCUCCGCUACCAAAAGACGAUUCCAAGACAUGUGGCAAAAUCAUUGAGGUCGAGGACGAUGUUGAGAUUCUAUCUACCACUGCUGCUGCUCCAGUUGUUGCACAGCCGCGUCCGUCCUUGUUCCGUGAGCUUGCAAUCCUGCAAAAGCAGAUUUCCGAGUUGCAA